AUGGCGCCGCGUGCUGAUCGUCGUGCCUCAAUGUUACGGGCAGAAGAAGCAUAUAUAGAGGAUAUACUGUAUGGAUAUGGGGACGAGAGCUGGCUGGAUGGUGACGAGGACGAGGAUAUGCUUACUGAUGAGGAGGUCGAAGAUGCUGAACUAGAAUGUGGGUUGACGACUCGUGAGCUCAUGGACAUCCUUUCGAGGGACAUCACUACGGACGAUUAUGAUACGUUGUUGAAAUUGGACGAUCGGGUGCCACCAAAGACGGCCAAAGCAGAAUUCAUCUCCAAUUUGAGAGUCCUAUCGCUAGCCGAGGUCAUGGCCUUGGUCGCUGCCUCUGGUCCUCCUGAGCAGUGUGGGGUAUGCCUCUGCCCACUCUUGGAAGCAGUUGAUGUAGACCCGCGGCCUCAAAAUGGAUCUUCCUCCUCAUCCUCGUCCACAGCGGCCGAAAUCAUACAGUUGCCCAGAUGCGGCCACAUCUUCCACGCGAAGUGUGCGAGGGAAUGGCUGGGCAAGUUCGGUCGGACAUGUCCGAUCGAUCGGGUCGAGGUGGAGGACAGUGAAGAUUUCUGA